UAACGAUUUGGUAUACAAAAUAGCCAAAUGCAGUUUAUUUUGCAGCGGUAACACUGAACAUAAUAAGCAACUCUACAAACUUUGUUUUUAUUUACGGCCGCCAAUUUUAUUUUAGUUUUGAAAGAAUUACACAAUGAGCGUUGAUGACUUAGUGCGCGACCAAGCGCGUCUACUGAACAUGCAGAGUGUAUUGCAGCAUGCGGCAAUCGCUUCAAUCACAUGCACUGGACCCCGGAGUCUCGGCCCUGAUCGAAAACCAUUGCGCUUGGAGAUUAAACAGGAUGCGCUUCCAGUUCUACCAGUGCACAAAGUAGCGACAAAAGUCGUCAAGACGUCACCGGGCAUAGAACUGAUUGAGACAAGUGUAUUUCCCGAUGCCAAUAUCAUUAAUGCGAGCAUUGCGAAGCGCGAACUGGCCGAGGAAUGUAAGCGUAGCGUCAAGCUACAGCUGCAGGAGAUUAAGGAGCGACAACAGAGUGCACUUAAUGGACAGAAAGCGCUGCAGCGGCAGGCAGAGCAAAAUCAGUUCUAUGCGCACAGUCGCGUGCAACGCAAGGAAAAUGACAAACUGCUACAACAACAGGCGGAACAGCUGGCCAAAAGCGAGCUGGAGGCACAACAAAGAGAACAGCAGACGCUACUCAAGCGAAAUAACCAAAAACUACUACUGCUAACCAUUGAAGCCGUCUCGUGUUGUCACAGUCGCUUCUGCGGCAAAUACGAGAAGGUGGCGCAACUACUGCUCACUCUAGAUACAGAAAGUGUCCAGGCGUGUGCGGCUAUCAAUCAAGAACUACGCGAACUGGCGCAACAGUUCGAUCAGUUAGUUGGCAAACUCAAGUGCGGUACUUCUGAGGCCCUAGAAUUGAACAGCAUAUUCACCGCGGAACAAUAUUGCCAGAGUUUAGACAAAUUGGAGGUGAAACUGCAUCAGCAGCUGACGGAACAGGAGCAGCAGCAGCUUAUCAAGGCCAAGCAGCAGGCGGAGGAAAAAGAAAAGGAGCGACUGCUGCUUUUAGAGCAACAACGGCAAAAGAAACAAGAGGAGCAGCAACAACAAGAGCAAAAGCAUCAGCAGGAGCUGGAAGCACUGCUCAAAGCAGCACCAAAGGCAGAGGAAGCUCAGCAGCCAGCGGAGACAACACCAAGUGCGGCAGCGCCAGCAGCCGCACCACCAACAGCUGCCACUGCAACUGCAACAAGUGGCAUUUCUACAAGUUAUGUGCAUCCCACACGCUUGGCUUUCUACAAUGAAAUCAAUGCGCUGUACCAGAGCAAAGUGGACGCAGUGAAACCACUGCAAACGGACGAGGCUUGGAAAAAGUAUCGCACCAAUUGUCAACGCACCAUCAACGUGCCAUUGAAUGCCAUCACGGCAAGCAGUCCACAACAUCUCACCACGAAUUUUGACAAGCUGUACAAUUUCUUUGCCGGUCAGCCGGUGAGAACUAUGGACGGCAGCAACAUAACCAUCAAUGAUCAUCCCUUGGCGCGUGACUAUUGCAUAUUGCUGAUGGCCAAGAAGUUUGUCAGUCAAACGGACACCGCCAUUUCCAGUAAUCCACAAGCAGCUUUCCCCUUUGCCUCGGUGAUCAACACAUUCUGGAAACUGUUGCCCGAUUUUGGCAAAAUCUUUCUGGCUUACAUGUACAAGGAGUCACCGUAUCUGGUGCCAUAUGUUAUACCCCAACAACCGGAUCAGACUCCCGAGCAAUACCUCAAGACAAUGGGCUAUCGACUGUCGGAUAACAAUGAACUGGAGAAACCGGACAUGUUCCUCAAACGUCAAACAGGCAUUGCUCGUCUCUAUGCAGCUGUCAUCAUGACACCCAGCCGAAAGAUUGAUGGUCCUGCGCAAUGCUUUGGCCUGGACGAAGCUUGGCGUUGGUUGACCCACAUCACGUUUGUGAAGCCAUUGCCCGAUAUUUGCGCCACAAUGAUCAUGGAGAUGCUGCAGACACUUGGCUUCGAGCUGUGGCGUGCUUAUGGAACGAACUUUCUAAAGCUUUUGGUCUACAUCCAGACUGUGUACAUUCCGCAGCUGGCGGCGUAUGAUGAGGGUGGACCCAAGACACGUCUGGAGAUGUUGCUAUCGAAAUUUCUACGUGAACGUCAGAUUCCACAAGCUGUGGGCGUGUUGCCGCCAGGCUUUUGGUAGAU